AUGACCACCUACAAACAAGAAAAAGAAGACUUUGUCUCUGGUAAUAAUGGCUCGACUGUCUAUCACAUUAAUGCAAUAUCCACUGUCGCAUUGGCAUCUGUUGCUCUAUAUUUCACUCUGCAAUCCCGAGUUGCCUUCCCGUCACGUCUGUCUACUGGCUCUGGGAGCCGUCUUAUGGAACUCUCAGCGGAAUAUCUCUUGCUUAUUGUUCCACUCGUACUUAGUCUCACACUUUUCGCGAAUCAUCCUCUUUCUCUGACCUUCCUGUUGCUGUUACCCGCCUUUGCGAUCCACCGAGCACUCCCACCGUUGCCUUCGCCAGCCCAAGGUUCUUUACUUCCACCUCCGUCUCCAUCUGUAACCCGCUCUCCUUCGCCAUCCCCUACUCCCACUCGUACCGAACAUUCUUCCAUAUACGUAACUCCUACUCCGAACCUGACGCCAACUCCCCGUCAAUCGGCGUUUCCAAAGGCACCAACUUCCAACACCAUCCAUGUCCCGCCCCUUCCGGCACUCACGACAUACAGGGCACACAUGAUGCUAAUGACCAUUAUCGCUAUCCUUGCUGUCGACUUUCCUGUUUUCCCCCGAGCACUAAGCAAGUGCGAAUCACGGGGUGUCUCUGUGAUGGACCUUGGAGUAGGCUCGUUUGUAUUUUCCCAGGGCGUUGUGUCUGCUGUUCCUGUUAUCAAGAAUCCGGGAUUAUUGAAAAAUCCAGUCCUUCCAAAGGUCCUUGCUGCGUCUAAGAAGGUUAUCCCAUUGUUAGUGCUUGGCCUAUUACGAGUCCUGGCGGUCAAGGGAACGGAGUACCCAGAGCACGUAACAGAGUAUGGGGUGCACUGGAAUUUCUUCAUUACUCUUGCCUUGCUCCCUCCGUUAUCUGUCAUGUUUCACCCCCUCAUCGUAUACGCACCUCUAUCACUUUUAGGACUGGUUCUCACAUUGGUCCACCAGACUCUCCUUACCAAUACUUCUCUCCAAGACUGGGCGCUCGGAAAUAACCGGACCAACUUGUUUGACCAGAACAAGGAGGGAAUCGUAAGCUUUGUAGGCUACUUGUCUAUUCAUCUGCUCGGAAUGGCCAUCGGAACACUCAUUCUCCCCCCAUCGCCAACCCAUUUCCGACGUGCGGUAUCAGACAUCGCCUCCAAAGACAAUUCGGCUGCUCCUUCCCGAACUCCAUCUCGCGCGCCAUCCCCCAUUCGUCCACAAGUCGAUCGUGACCUACACAUGGGUCGGAGACCUGCAACACCAGAUUCAUCGGAUGACGACGAACCCCGAAAGAAGCCCACCCUGACGCUCCAUUACACCACCGAAGAUCAACCUCGUAAACGUGGCAAGGCAGCAGUGGAACUCUGCAGCUAUGCCAUUGUAUGGUGGACACUGUUCUACUUGGCUGGUGCGCUAAGUGGCAGCGGAGCUCAAGGCGUGUCACGAAGACUGGCGAAUACGAUGUAUGUGCUAUGGGUGACGGCGUUCAACACCACAUUUCUGGUUGGGUAUGUCUUGUUAGAGGGCAUAUGGGGAGGCUCGCCACGGAGCCAACCGGCGGCAUCGGAUCGGCUGCGAGGCUCGAGCCCUAAGGGGUUUGCUCCAAGUUUCAAGUUGCCUGGCGGAUCUGAUUCAAUUCGGAACGGUCCAAACGAUAGUGGCACCUCUGGGCUCCUGGAAGCCGUUAAUUUGAAUGGGUUGGCACUUUUUCUAGUGGCAAAUAUUGCGACCGGGCUGGUGAACAUGACGAUUCGGACAAUGUACGUCCCCGACGGCCAAGCUAUGCUCGUCCUCUUUGGGUAUACGUUCGCGUUCUCUCUUUGUGCCUGGGCAUUCCGGGGACGACGCAUAUUAUCCAUGAUAUAA